CUCUCACAAACAUCCACACUUUCCAUUCUUCGUCCCCUCGCUUCCUCGGGAACGUUCCGUCUAUCCCAAUCUACAUCCCCGCCCUGCUAGAGCGCGACAAGCAGCCUCCAACUCGAACCAGCGCGUACUAAUCAACACCCGUCGCGACUUUACCUUUCAUUGCUAUCAAAGCCCGGUGCUUCAGCUAGAAGAAGAUGGUCAAAUACAUUCUCGUCUGUGGUGGUGUUAUCUCUGGUAUCGGCAAGGGUGUGAUUGGUACGCUUUCAUGACUCGGGACGUGCAGAAGGAUCUGUGGGACGCUAACGAAGGGCGUUUCAGCCUCCAGUACUGGUCUCAUGCUCAAGACUGCUGGUUUGAAGGUCACCUCCAUCAAGAUCGACCCUUACAUGAACAUUGAUGCUGGUACCAUGGCUCCCACUGAACACGGUUAGUUUUGUGGAAGCAUACUUUGGGUGGCCAUGAACGUGUAAAAAAUGAAAGGAUGGAAAGAGGGCGGAAGGAUUUCGGAGAUGAAUGUAUAUGGAGAUUGGGGAUGAAGCUGACACGUUUGCAGGUGAGGUGUACGUUCUCAACGAUGGUGGUGAGACCGAUCUGGAUCUCGGUAACUACGAGCGAUACCUCGAUGUCUCUCUCAACAAGGACAACAACAUUACCACCGGAAAGGUCUACCAGCACGUCAUCGACCGCGAGCGAAAAGGAGAUUACCUCGGAAAGACUGUCCAGAUCGUUCCCCACUUGACCAACGCCAUUCAGGACUGGGUUGAGCGAGUGUCUAAGGUUCCUGUUGACGAGACUGGAGAUGAGCCUGAUGUCUGUAUCAUCGAGCUUGGUGGUACUGUCGGUGACAUUGAGUCUAUGCCUUUCGUCGAGGCCAUGCGUCAAUUCCAGUUCCGAGUCGGUCACGAGAACUUUGCUUUGAUCUACGUCUCCCUCAUCCCUGUUGUUGGUGGUGAGCAAAAGACAAAGCCUACUCAGGCUGGUGUCAGGGAUCUCCGUGGUUUGGGUCUUCUUCCCGACCUCAUCGCCUGUCGAUGUACCGAGCCCCUCCUUACCGCCACCAUGGAGAAGGUCUCCAUGUUCUGCCACGUCUCCCCCCGACAAGUGCUCGGUGUUCACAACGUCAGCUCUACCUACCACGUCCCCCUCCUCCUCCAAGACCAAGGCAUGCUCAAGUACUUCUGGGAACGUCUUGCCUUGUCGACUGUUGAGAUCCCUACGGCUUUGAAGGCCAAGGGUGAGGAGAUCGCAAGCAGGUGGGAGUCUUUGACUAGCGGUGUCGACAAGACUUUCGAGUCUGUCGAGAUUGUCCUUGUCGGCAAGUACACCACUUUGGAGGACUCUUACAUGAGUGUCGUCAAGUCUCUUGAACACGCUGCUAUGCGAUGUGGCAGACACCUCGAGCUCCUCUGGGUUGACUCUUCCGACCUUGAACCCGCUGCCCAAAGCGAGAACCCCGUCAAGUUCCACAACGCCUGGAAAGCCGUCUGCUCCGCCAAGGGUAUCAUUGUCCCCGGCGGUUUCGGUUUGCGUGGUACUGAGGGUAUGAUUGCUGCUGCCAAGUGGGCGCGAGAGCAGAACGUGCCGUACUUGGGUAUUUGUCUUGGUUUCCAAGUGGCUGUGAUUGAGUGGGCUAGGAACGUUUGUGGUUUGAAGGACGCCAACUCCUCCGAACUCGUCCCCGAUGGUCCUCACUCCGUCAUCUGCUUCAUGCCCGAAAUCUCCAAGACCCACAUGGGUGGCACAAUGCGCCUCGGUCUGCGACCCACCGUCUUUGAGCCCAACACGGAGAACACCAAGCUCAGGAAGCUGUAUGGUAGCAAGGACGUUGCUUGGGAGAGGCACAGGCAUAGGUACGAGGUGGAACCCAAGUAUGUGGAGCAGCUGGAGGCGCCUGGAAACAUGAGGUUUAUCGGUAAGGAUGAGAGAGGAGAGCGAAUGCAGAUGCUCGAGCUGGCAGAGCACCCCUACUUUGUCGGUCUCCAAGCCCACCCCGAAUUCUGCUCUCGUCCUCUCAACCCCUCUCCUCCCUUCCUCGGUCUCGUCGCCGCCGCUUGCGGCCUCAACGUUCUCGAAGAACACAUUGCCAACAACGAGAAGAACUACGUUGACCCCCAUCCCCAAGCCGCCAAGGUCGUCCCUGCGUCGGAGGCUGCUACGGAGGCGGGCAAGGAGAGGAGUCAGACUGGUGUCGAGGGUGUCAAGGUUGCGGAUGAGGGUGUUGCCGGCGGAGAAGAAGCUUAGAGACGUGGAGGAGAUGUGGAGGUGAGGGAGAGCGGUGAAUUCAAGUAAUUACAUAUACAAAUCUUUUCCUCUUUGCGGGCUUAUUUUCCUUGUUGACCACGUAUCGUGUCAAAUGCAUCUCCUAUCAUAGACACCUC